GGCCUUUUCACGUGUAUUCAUACCAAAAGAAAAUAAAUGGAACAAGCAAAUUUUAGUGAGGUUGCCAAGAAAGCCUUGGAAUUUCGCCGACGUUACUAUCAGUGCCUUGACGAUGUUGAACAACGACAAAGCAUUGUCGAUCUUUAUGCACCGAACGUUCAAAAUUUAUGCGAGUGGAAUGGUCAUCUCUUAGCAGAUCAAAAUUACAUUCAGCAGUACAUUAACCAACUCCCUAAGACGACACAUCAAAUAGACACUGUUGAUGCUCAGCCAUUGCCGGGGAACGAGAAAUCGGAUUCUUUCAUUAUGACAGUUCAUGGUAUAGUGACCUACGACAGAGAACAUCGGCGUGAAUUUUUUCAGAGGUUCGUGAUUCGCUCUAUUAACAACAAAUACUACAUUAUCAACGACUAUUACCGAUGGCUUUCGGAAAAGAACUAAGAUAGUAUGCCGCCUGUAUUGAAGUUCAAUAACAUUUGAUUAACAUAUAUAUAUAUAUAUAUAUGUGUGUGUGUUUGUGUGUAUAUGUGUAUUUACAUGCACAUAAAUCUAAAAUUCUAUUUAAUUGCUGUAAUGGUCAAUUUCGACUUAUUCGGAGUCUAACUGUCCAAAUCUGUUGAUAUGAAUUCAAAGGAAUUGAAAAUUGAUUUAUGGUGAUCUGUCGUUUAACUAAAUACCAUUUGUAAUAAUUCUGAAAUCAUUCCUCAUGUUGAGUUCAUAGAUGAUAAUUCUAUAAAAGAGGAAAAAAAAUAAUUCUAAAUAUUUCAAUCCAUACAGAAGAAGAAAAGAAGUAUGAAUGAGAUGCAAUAACAAGCAAA